AUGGGAAUGGAUGACAAAUAUAUAGGGUUGGCGUUAGCGAUGUCGCUGUCGCUAGCCAUUGGGAUCUCGUUUAUCAUCACCAAAAAGGGACUCAUGGACACGGCAUCUCGGGGAGGACAAGUGGAGGGACACGAAUACUUGAAGAACCCAACAUGGUGGGCAGGAAUAGCUACCAUGGCAAUAGGAGAGAUUGCCAACUUUGCGGCGUAUACAUUUGCACCUGCGAUCUUGGUGACACCCUUAGGAGCCCUUUCUGUUAUUAUCGGGGCCGUAUUAGCUGCCGUGUUUUUAAAGGAAGAAUUGGGUACGUUAGGUAAGAUGGGAUGUGCAAUUUGUCUUAUGGGGUCAGUAAUAAUUGUGUUACAUGCUCCCCCAGAUAAGGAGAUUGAAACCAUUGAUGAAAUCUUGGGGUAUGCCACCCAACCAGGUUUCCUUUUCUACUGUUUUGUUGUGGGGGCCUAUUCACUCUUUAUGAUCUACAAGAUAUGUCCUCGGUAUGGGUCUACCAAUCCUAUGAUCUACAUUUCUAUUUGUUCGAGUGUUGGACUGAUUUCUGUCAUGGCCAUCAAGGCGUUUGGCAUUGCUUUAAAGUUGACGUUGAGAGGUAACAAUCAGUUUACUCACGUGUCUACUUAUUUGUUUAUGAUUGUGGUUGCUGGAUGUAUUGUUACGCAGAUGAACUACUUCAACAAGGCCCUAGACCAGUUUGAUACCUCCAUAGUCAACCCGUUGUACUAUGUGAUGUUCACCACGUGCACGUUGAGUGCGUCGUUCAUUUUGUUCAAGGGGUUCAACACCACGUCGGCCGUCAACAUCAUCUCCUUGCUCAUGGGGUUCCUCAUCAUUUUCAGCGGAGUUUACUUGUUGAACAUUUCGCGCAAGGACAACGAGGGAAGAGAACGCGAAUUGUUUGGGGUCCAUUCAGGUAAAGAUAUGGCUCCCCUUGAUAAUGGUGUUGGGGGCUUUUCCAUGAGAAGAUCAAUGCAGUUAUCCAGAGGGGAAGAGGAGGAAAGAGUUGGGUUAAGAAGGUUCGAUAGUUUUGAGAUCGACAGUGAUGAAGAAAGAAGACAGUAA